GGGAAGAGGAGGAGGGAGAGGGGACGGCUGGACUCCAUUAGGACCAAGUCUGCUGGAAAAGUGCUUGGGAAUACUCCACUACUUCUUCUAGGGCGACUCGUCGGGAUUUUUUUUCCUCUCAUUUUGGAUCGUCUUUCCCCUCCCCAAAACUCAUCCUGCAUGUUAUAAAGAAGGACAAAAAGCAGCUUUGUAUCGUGUCGUCGAGCGUUUGAGUGUCUUUUUGUGAAGGGAGGAACAAGAAUGGCGCUGGACGGGAUCCGGAUGCCUGAUGGCUGCUAUGCCGAUGGGACGUGGGAGCUGAAGAUGCACGUUACCGACCUCCACCGGGACGUGUCGCUAAGGGUCACCGGCGAGAUCCACAUCGGCGGUGUCAUGCUCAAGCUGGUGGAGAAACUAGACGUGAAGAAGGACUGGUCGGACCACGCGCUGUGGUGGGAGAAGAAGAAGACGUGGCUGUUGAAGACCCACUGGACGCUGGACAAGUACGGCAUCCAGGCCGACGCCCGGCUGCUCUUCACGCCGCAGCACAAGCUCCUGCGCCUACAGCUGCCCAACAUGAAGCACAUGAAGGUCAAAGUCAACUUCUCCGACCGCGUCUUCAAAGCCGUCUCUGACAUCUGCAAGACCUUCAAUAUCCGUCACCCGGAGGAGUUAUCUCUACUGCGCAAGCCGCGUGAUCCCAAAAAGAAGAAGAAAAAGUUGGAGGAAGCCGAGGAGGAUGAUCUGGAGUUAGAGGGUCCGUUGUUAACCCCCGGAUCAGCCUCUGAGAUAAUAUACAUCGGACCCGUCAAAGGAAGCAUCUACUCCAGCCCGGGCUUGUACAGCAAAACCAUGACGCCCACUUAUGACUCACGAGACGGCAGCCCGCUGUCCCCCACGUCAGCCUGGUUUGGCGACAGCCCCCUGUCGGAGGGCAACCCCGGCAUCCUCGCCGUCAGCCAACCCAUCGCCUCCCCGGACAUCCUAGUCAAGCUCUACAAGCCGCAGUCUCUACUGGACAAGGCCAAGAUCAACCAGGGUUGGUUGGACUCCUCCAGGUCUCUGAUGGAACAGGACGUCAAGGAGAACGAGGUGUUGCUGCUCAGGUUUAAAUACCACAGUUUCUUUGACCUCAACCCGAAGUACGACGCCAUAAGGGUGAACCAGCUCUACGAGCAGUCCAAGUGGGCCAUCCUGCUGGAGGAAAUCGAGUGCACGGAGGAGGAAAUGAUGAUGUUUGCUGCGCUGCAGUACCACAUCAACAAGCUGUCCAUCAUGUCGUCGGACAACCACAUGAACAACAGCGAGAAGGAAGUGGACGAGGUGGACGCUGCCCUUUCCGACCUGGAGAUCACGCUGGAGGGAGGCAAGACAUCCAACGCCCUGGGUGACAUCACAUCUAUUCCCGAGCUAGCAGACUACGUCAAAGUUUUCAAACCCAAGAAGCUGACGCUGAAGGGCUACAAGCAGUACUGGUGCACAUUCAAAGACAUCACAAUUUCCUGUUACAAGAGCAAAGAGGAGGCACACGGGAUGCCCGCUCACCAGAUGAACCUCAGAGGGUGCGAGGUGACCCCUGAUGUGAAUAUAUCAGGUCAGAAAUUCAACAUCAAGCUACUCAUCCCCGUAGCCGACGGCAUGAACGAGAUCUGGCUGCGAUGCGACACGGAGAAGCAGUACGCCCACUGGAUGGCCGCCUGCCGCUUGGCAUCCAAGGGCAAGACCAUGGCGGACAGCUCCUACAACCUGGAGGUGCAGAACAUCCUUUCCUUCCUCAAGAUGCAGCACAUGAACCCCGACCCGCAAUUCAUCGAGCCCAUCACCACCGACAUCAACCCCGAGUGCCUGGUGUCACCGCGCUACCUGAAGAAGUACAAGAACAAGCAGCAAGGCUUAAUCAGGGAUUUGAUCUCGGCCCGCAUCCUCGAAGCCCACCAGAAUGUGGCCCAAAUGAGUCUAAUCGAGGCCAAGAUGCGCUUCAUCCAGGCGUGGCAGUCGCUGCCCGAGUUUGGAAUCACUCACUUCCUGGCCAAGUUCCAGGGCGGGAAGCGCGACGAACUGAUCGGCAUCACCUACAACCGUUUGAUCCGCAUGGAUGCCGGCACCGGAGACGCCAUCAAGACCUGGCGCUUUAGCAACAUGAAGCAGUGGAAUGUCAACUGGGAGAUCAAGAUGGUGACCGUCGAGUUUGCGGACGAGCCCAGCCUGUCAUUCAUCUGUGCUGAGGUGGACUGUAAGGUGGUCCAUGAGUUCAUUGGUGGUUACAUCUUCCUGUCCACGCGGGCCAAGGACCAGAACGAGACCCUAGAUGACGACAUGUUCUACAAGCUGACCAGCGGGUGGGUCUGACCACGCGUCACGCCAUCGGGGCCACCCGCUCGCUGGCGACUGCACGCUCCAUGGACUAUCACGCUCUUGGUUCCCACUAGUGCAGUACAACAACAUGCUAACUUGUUGAAGUUGAUGGCACUAGUAGUGUGCCGUUUUGCCUCACCAAGUGCCGUGUAGUCGUCCCACUAAAGAGGACAAAGAGCGUACUAGUACAUGGACCUUAGGAUGGAUAUCAAAUUAAUACACAGUCUAAUAUUUAUUCAAUGUCUUUUAUAUCCAGAUGUAGCAAGCCAGUUCAGCACACUUGUAGAAUAACCCUGUCUUACUCGUAAUAUUUUUUUCCACCACUGUAUGAAAUUUCCUUUACGCUACGAGUACAACUCUGGCAUCCUCGUGGAACAAGUACUUCUUAGUAGUGAGGCAACAACCAGUGGGCACUUUGGUGCUCUGAUUCGGAUCCAGGAGGUUACUAGUGUGUGACACAAGAAGUGUGAUUAUUUAUUCCAUUUCCUACCAGUGCGCUGAAGGGUCUCUGCAGUAAUCUGCUGAACAUCAAGGGCAGUCGACUGGCGCGCAGUGAGGGUGCACUAGUAGCACAACUACAUGGUACUCAUGAGACAAAGCUACCAGUUGAUACUUCGGUGCUUCUGGUACAGUCCAGGAGGUUACUAAUUUGUGACACAAGCUGAUAUGGAAAUCCGUCUUUUUGUCACUAGUCAGACAAUGUGGCACACUAGUAAAAUGACAAAGGUGCAUGAGUAGAAUGAUCAAGACAUAUUAGUAGAACAACUACUUUUACUCGUCAAGCAAGGCUACAAGUUGGAUUUUGGCGCUGCUCGUCGGGUUGAGGAAACUAGUUUGUGACACGUCUUUGACCAGAUUAGCAAGACAAGUCUACUAGUACAAUAAGGACAGAGUAGUUUAAAACUAGGACGGACUAGCAGUUCUAGUAGCACAAAGUAACCUAGUGCACAGUUUUGCCUCACUAUAGUAGCACAUAGUUGCUCUCCUAGUGCACAAUAAUGUCAUACAGUAGUGGGAAAAAAAAAACACUAGUUAGACACAGUCAUUCUGCUCGAGCUCUUUCGUCACUCCACUAGUGCACUGAAUUGUCUAAAAAGGACAAAGAGCAAACUAGUUCAUGGACAAUUUGGUGUACUAGUAGGAUAGGGAGUAAAUGCUCAAAUGGCUUCCCCUAGCCUCUCCCCCAGGUCCUAAAACCCACCAUUUUCUCUGUCAGCACUUGAACACCAUCGCAUUGAAUUUGGGCAAUUGUUACUCUUAAAACAGCAUGAAGCAUUAUGGCAGGGGGCUAGACCGCUUUUAAUAUCAAGCAAAAUUAUGAAAUAUUAAUAUCUGCUUUUUUUUUGUAAUACAAACGCUCUCACACAACGGACGUUUAAGUGAUCCUCAGAUUACCUCUAUGUGUCUCUCACACCACAGUAUUAUUCCUCUUCUGAUUAUGAAUUGUAUGAGAACACACCAGCAAAGGCCCACAAUCAAUUAUGCAAGCAAAAUGAAGUAUUAUUAUUUGUUUUGUAACUAAUGUAAAAACACAGCUUUUAUAGAAUUGUACAGUCUUUUUCUCUCUGCUCUGAGGGGUAAAUAUGUUUUGUGUGUGUGUGUAUGUGUGUGUGUGUGCGUGCGUGCGUGCGUCUUCUUAAUAUGAUGACUGUCAUCACGUUAAGAUGAAAAUAUCCUAAACUCACGGAAAUACAUAUGUUCUUUUACUCAACACUACUUUUGCAGCUUUUUGUUGUCGUCCGAAAAGUCUUUAAUGGAAUAUGAAGGAGUUUGCUUCAUAUAUAUAUUUUUGUUUGUUUUUUUGUUUGCCGUUCUCGUGUCAGGAGCGACAGUGCAUGUCCUGUUGUUUUCUUUUUUUUCUGACUGUAAAAAAAAAAAUGCAUUUAUUUUAAAAGAAUAAAAGUAAUUUUUAUUUAA